AUCAAUACUUAACGGUUUAUACUUGUUACCCAAAAUGUGAACUCUUCUCUGACUCCCUCCUCUGCCUCUAGGGUUCGUUCUUGUUACCCAAAACAGAACUCUCCUCUGACUCUCGCCUCUUUUCUCUGCCGGUGUCCACCCCACUUCCAUCCAACCCUUCUGUCGAUUGUGUUGGAAUCACCCUCGAUAAUCGAGUCCCUCAGCCACGAUUGUGUUGGGAUCAGAUCGUCGGACACACCUUCACGCACGCACUCAGAUUUAGGCGUAGAUGGCCCCUGGUGAGGCUGCUGAUGACCCGGAUUUAGUAGUGUUUUUAGGGUCAUUUCUUUGUAGGUUUUGAGUCUUUUCCUUGUGUCUCAUGUAGUGUUUCAUGCAUUCUCAUGCAUUUUUGCCUUUCUUUGUGUUUUUACUUUGUUUUGGUAAUUUCAUAGUCUUAUAGGGAUUUUUCUUACAUUUUAAGUAAGUUUAGGACUUGCAUAAUUUUCCUAUUUUAUUUGAGGGGUCUUUUGUGCUAAUAAUCUCUUGGAGUUCCUAGAUAUUUUUCCUUGCUUUGUUCCUAAGUAAUCAGGUCUGAAACUGCUGAAGAAAGAAGGUCAAAAGGCUUGGAAAAUGGAAGGGAGGCUUAAAGGGGAGUUAAGAAGAAUGUCAAGAGGCUUUCUAGCAUGUCGAGAGCGCUCAGGCGCUCGUGUUGAGCGCCUGAGCGCCAAUUGGAUCGUUGUGUACAUCAUGCUAGAGAGUAAUUGGCGCCUGAGCGCUCCUGUUGAGCGCCUAGGAGCCAAUUACCUUCCAGAGGCUCAGUUUCAGUAGGGAAUUGGCGCUCAGGCGCUCUAUAUUGGCACUUGAGCGCUAGGAACAGCCCAGACUCGUGAUUUUUGCCUAUAAAUAGGAUUCUAGUCAUUUUCUCUUGUAUCUUUUGAUACUUUGUCAAAUUCAGAGGUAGAGGAUCAUCUAGGAGAGUGAGAGAGGGCUUCCAAGCUUGUAAUUCAGGUUCUUAGCCAAGCAUGGCUUGGCUAAUCUCUCUUCUUAUGCUUUGGUUUUCAUUGACCUAGUUCUGUGAUGGCAGCUAUGAUCCUUCAUUGCCACAAAUUCCUUGUCUCCCCACCGCGGUUCAAGCUGCUGGCCAAUACCCUGCUUUGCUCACAGCACCAUCAUUUUGCUACUCCUACUGAAGCCCCAUCUGAUGGCUCCACGAAAAAACCAUCUGAUGAUUAUUAUAGUUCACCCGGAUAAAAAUCUUGGAGGUAAGUAUUAUAAGGAUUAGGAGUAUUUGGCUUUAGGGCUUCUUUUUUCCUUUAAUUUGCUUCAUUUUUUUGUCCAACAUUGUUAUUAUAAAUAUGGUAUUUAUGCAGAAACUUGCGGAGGCUUACCAGAUUUUGAGUAAUCCGUAAGGAAUAAAGGAAAGAGAAAGGAAGAGUUGGGACAAUGAGUUAAUACAACCUUAUAUAACUUAGUAGUGAUUAACUAAUAAUAACUUGCGAGUAAGCUCAAUGCAAUGGUCAAGUUUUGUUCUUACUCAUUGUCAUUGAUGAAUUUUCCUUUUUCUGUUAGUAUGAAAGUGGUUUGGUCAGACCAAUCAAUUGUUAGUAUAACUAGUUAAACUUUUUCGAAGAGUUUUUUGAGCUUUUUGCUUAGUAAAUAACUGCAAUUUUACCUCAUAAUGUCAUAUUUGCGAACUUUUUUUUUUCACUUUUUAAGCCUUUGAAAUUAUAGUGGAGACAAUAUAUAAACAGAUUCUGUUGAAUUUCACUUGCAGAAAUUUCAAGAAUAUUUGAAGGUGCGCUUAAUUUUUUAGAGAAUGAUAUGGAAGACAAGCUUAUAAAGUUUUUUAAAAGUCACUUGAAUCCUUUUGUUGAUGGUCAAACACAAAAAUAUGCACUGUGGGGAAAGGCAUAGGUUGUCCAACUUUCAAAACUUUUGGAGGGGUGAUGUUACAUACAAUUGAAUAUAUCUACACCCGAGAAGUUGCUAGAGAAUUUCAAAAGGAUACGCAGUAUAUGAAGGUGGAGUUUUGGCAGAUUGGGUACAAGACAUAGAUCCCUCACAAGUGAUGGCAGCCUCAGGUGUUGUGUCCUACAUUCACAUACUAGAAGAAGACAAAGAACUAAAUCAAGGAGUAAACAAAAUAAGCAUUGUAAAAACUUGCAUGGAUAAGAAGGAUCGCGUGAUAAAUACGCUUUGAAAGAUCAAUGUGAUGGAUUUCGAAUCAACAAUCUCACAUGUCUGUGAAGCUAUUAGGCCCAUUGUGGCAGUUAUAGUCUCAGCAAAACCCAUUCAUAUUCCCUCGUCCACCAUCACUCUGAAAUUUGAUUUCCCUCCACCGGAAACCGCCAUGGAAGCAAGCAGCAGCGAAAUGGAAAUCGACGCGGAAACGAAGCUGUUACGAGACAGGUUCCGCCUCUCCGCAAUCUCCAUCGCUGAAUCUCAAGCAAACAAAUCCGGCAUGGAAGCAUCGAAAGUCGUCGUCGCUUGCGUUUCCGAUUUAGCCUUCAAAUACACCGAGCGAUUGGCUAAGGAUCUUCAGCUUUUUGCGCAGCACGCGAAUCGUAAAUGUGUGAAUAUGGAAGAUGUUAUACUUUGUGCUCAUAGGAAUGAGCAUCUAACUAGCUUGUUGAGGACUUUCUCAGAUGAGUUAAAAGCCAAAGAUCCUCCUUCUGAGAGGAAGCGAAAGAAAGAACCCAAGAAGAAUGACAAAACAACCAUUUAGUGCAUUUGCCUGCAGGUACACAUGAGCUCUUAUCUCAGGGUGCUUAGGAAAUUCUGGCACCAAGUUCUAUAUACUAAGGAUAAGUAACUGCUUUUUCUCCUUUACAUGCUACUCACUUGUUAGCUAGUGCUGGGAUGAAUCAUCUGUAUCAUUUAUGAAUACCAUAGAACUCAAUAUCAAGAACCUCUACUUAAAGGUAUAUAGCCUCUGUUGACUGUUCUGCAAGGCAAUGUGCGAGGUCAAGAUACACUUGUAUAAAUUUCAAGUUCAAACAUAAAAAUUGUUGUAAUAUCAAAAGCUCAAGUAGUUAAGUUCUGAGAAGA